UGGGCAGAGGGGUGGGGCCUGUCUGUAGGAGCACUCUGGGGGCCCUGGCCGGGUCCGGCGAAGCAGCGCCAAGUCUACUCCAGCGCCGCAGCUGUUUACUGCUAGCUCGGGGAGCCCUGUGGGGCUGCUAACUUAAUAAGAAAUGGAUGUGCUAUGCAUUGAAAUUAUUAAAAGCCCAGUUCUCCCACCCUCUUGAAGAAAGCAAGACAUAAAUAGCCUUGAUUAUUAGAGGUCCAGAUUCACAACUGUACCAGUCAUGCCUUUUAAUCUUUGUGGACCCUACUAUACCUAGUACAGGGCCCUAUAGACAGCAGAUGAUCGUGUUUAUUGAUUUAAUUCAUUUCUAAGAAAAUAUGGAGCCAUUUCAAGAAAACUCAGACCCAUCACCAGUCUUUAUGAGAAACCUUCCAAUUACACCAGGAUAUGGAGGUUAUGUCCCUCUCCGGCUCAGCAAAAUGGGUAAUUCUUACAACAGUGACACCAGUUACUGUAUCAGAAAAUUUAGAGACACAACUCAGAGACACAAAAAUCAGCUGGAGGCACUGAGAUACCACACAGCCACUGCUGACAAACUACAAGAAAUCUGUUCCAAAGAAACGGUUUUAAGGAUGAUACAUGAUUACUAUGUCCGCUGUCACCCAGCUUGUAUAGAAGCUGAUCAUAACAAGAAGCCUUUACAGGAGCCCCCCAUUCCUGGCUGGGCUGGCUAUAUACCAAGAGCCAGGGUUACGGAACUUGGCUAUGCUGUGCGUCAUCAUGUGAUGGCAAAACAGAGCUAUGAAGAUUUCCUAAAUAUGAUAGAAACACACAAGAAAGGUCCACUCAAACAUUACCAGAGCCUGAUGGGAGAUAAGCCAUUUAAAACUUCCCAUGUACCUCCUAAGUUUUGCCCAGAAUUUAAACCAAAAGAUCAAUAUGAAGAUUCCACUAGAAGACCCUGUGGAGGUGGUUAUGGAAGCUCUUCACUUUAUGCCUUUCCAACACUGUAUCGAGGACCCUGCAGACCUGGGAAAUACCUUGAACCAUUGCCCUGUAGAAACUAUAUAGGGGGAUAGGACUCACAGGACUCUUAUCUUGCUCUUGACUUAAGCAGUGUCAGCCAGUUGAAACACAUCCAUGUGCUGAAAAGUCCCCUCUCCUUGAAAUCUCGUUUCCUAAACUUCACCCCACUUUUAAGUGUUCAGGACACAGUCACAAUUGUCCACCAGCUAUUCCACAAGAAUCCAUGCAUCUGCUGACUGCACAAUAGGUUGUUGGCCAUAAGCAUUCCAUGGGGAUGCUAUAAUGAUGAGCAACCAUUAUAUAGAUGAACUCUGAUCUUUUAUUAUGAUGGAAAUAAAAAUGUCAUUUCUCUGUGUAAUGAAUGACAACCUUCUCCCCUGGGUUCCUCACAUUUGUCAUGGCUAGUUUGAGGCCAUAGGAAACAAUGUAUGGUGGAAGAAGCUCUGUGCUAAGAAACACAAGACCUACAUUCUAGUCCUAGCUCUAACAUUAAUUUACUAUAUAAUUUUGGAUAAAUCACUACUUCUUUUGGGGCCUUACUUAACAUAUUUGUAA